AUGGCGGUUAAUGAUUGCUUCAGACUAACCUAUCCCCACAAUCCCCACCCAGGAGACUUGAUUGAAGUGUUCCGUCCUUGCUAUCAGCACUGGGCACUGUACUUGGGUGAUGGCUACGUUAUCAACAUUGUACCUGUAGAUGGCAUUCGCUCAUCAUUUACAAGCGCCAAGUCUGUGUUCAGCACAAAGGCCUUGGUGAAAAUGCAGCUUCUGAAGGAUGUUGUGGGAAAUGACACAUACAGAAUAAAUAACAAGUAUGACACAACAUACCCUCCUCUCCCUGUGGAGGAAGUGAUACAACGGUCAGAGUUCGCUAUUGGGCAGGAAGUAGCCUAUGACUUGCUGGUCAACAACUGUGAGCAUUUUGUGACCUUGCUCCGCUAUGGAGAAGGAGUGUCAGAGCAGGCCAACCGAGCAAUCGGCACCAUCGGGUUGGUGGCAGCUGGUAUUGAUGUCUUCACAUUCCUCGGCUUGUUUUCCAAAAGACAAAGAACGGAAUAUUAG